GCUGUUCGGCCGCAUGUUAUAUAACUAUCAAGGUUUCUCCCGAGCUUGUCUCCAUCCAGUUCCAAAGUCUCUUCAGAGAACGUGUCUCUCUUUCAGCAAUCACAUUCUUCGUCGACUCAAUCGCGAGAUCUAUAUCUAUCGAUCGCUAUCCUCUGCUGUUCUACAUCGUUCUAUACUACGAUCCAGCCGAACCAUCUACACACCCUACAAACCACCUUCGAUCUCUCUCACAUCACAUCAAUCACAUCUUUCACAACCUCACAACCACCAUGACUUACAAGAGCAACUACGAGCCUUACACCAGCCAGAGUCUGGACAUUGACCGACAACGCUCUCCCGAGGAGAUUCUCUACCCACUGGGAUCACUGUAUCCUCACGUUGUCGCCCUUCAAUUGCAAGCCGAUGAGAACCCAUGGGCCAAGGCCCGCCACCUCGCAGACUAUCCGGAUACAUGCUACUGGACCGAUAUGUCUUAUCCGUCCACCCCGGAGCAUUUUUCGUCUAAGCCCAGUGGCCGCCGAUACAGUGACUCCACUGCCGGCCGCUUUGUUUCGCGUAUUCGUCGCUUUUUGAGUCGAGACGAGCUGCGCCGACGCCAGCGACAUGCCUGACGGGCAUUCCUUCCCUUCCUUUAUCCAAUCAUCGUCUCCCUAGGACAUUUUUUUGCCUUCAUCUGAUCUUUUGACUUCGCAUUUUGAGCCUUUCUCUACUCUUCUAGACUUCACACACAGCGCAAAUACCCUGUCCGGGACGACGGCUUUUCAUUUGUCAUCUUGUUUUGUCAUCAUCAUCACCAUCACUACAGACAUUCUAGAUCUCACUCCUUGAGGCGUUUCCUUGUCCUGCCACUUGGCAUUUCUUCUCUUCCCCAACUGUUUCAUCCUUGUCAUGUCUUAUCUCUCUCCAUGUUAUCAUUUCGGAUUUGGUUGGUUUUAGCGAGGAGUUUCGGGCAUCAGACGCAAGGGGGGAUAUACACCUGGUACGAACGGUUUCGGGAUUAGCAUAGUGGUCGACUUUUACACACUUACGGAUAGCGAAUAACUCUAAUGAAUCAAUGUGAACUCACAAC